CAGGUAUCGUAUCAGUGAGUCCUCCCAUAGCAGAACAGGGAUGCUUAAGGAAUUUGAUCUUAGUGAAUUCUUAUUUUAAAAAAAUCACCUGAACUCAAUGCUGGCUCCAGAACUUGAAUAGCCCUUGGGUAAGUGGGUUAAACCACAGAGCCUAGGACUUGCCGAUCAGAAGGUCGGCGGUUUGAAUCCCCGCGACGGGGUGAGCUCCCUUUGCUCGGUCCCUGCUCCUGCCAACCUAGCAGUUCAAAAGCACGUCAAAGGGCAAGUAGAUAAAUAGGUACCACUCCGGCGGGAAGGUAAACGGCGUUUCUGUGCGCUGCUCUGGUUCGCCAGAAGCGGCUUAGUCAUGCUGGCCACAUGAUCCGGAAUCUGUACGCUGGCUCCCUCGGCCAAUAAAGCGAGAUGAGUGCCGCAACCUCAGAGUCGGCAAUGACUGGACCUAAUGGUCAGGGGUCCCUUUACCUUUAAGUGACCAGCAGUGAUCCCCCAUCCCAAAGUGGGGGCCCCUCCUUCCCAUUUCUGUUUCCACUAGUGUGCCCUUUCUGCUUCCAAAUAAGUACAACAACUCCCAUCAGCUCGUGACAGCACGGCGAAUUGUCCAGGAUGAUGGAACAUGUCGUAUAAUGCACAGUGGGCGGCCAUAGUUUCCCUGUUCAUGGUGUAGCCUCAGAUCCCCAUUGCAGAAAUCUACCAUCCUAGCAUGUGUAAAGUGUUGAAGUUGUGACAGGGACACACGAUGGAGUAGGCAGGGAUAACCCUUCUUCCCUUCAUCACACAAAGCUUGAAGGUUUAGACUCUCUGGCGAAUGUUGAGCUCAGUCCAUUUGAGAGCUGAAGAGCAGCAAUCUCCAAGGCUGCAUCUGGAUGACAAGAGGGAGCAAGUCCACAUACAGAAGUGUGGGUGCCAUUCAGGAAGGCUAGACUUUAUACUAUACACCAGCCCAAUCCCCUGAACUGUUAAGUGCACUGCCCCACAGAUUGUACAUCAUCGCAGACUAGCUUCCAUUUGAAUGAGUGGUGGAAUCUUUGGACAGAUGUUUUGUGGCCACAGCAGUCUGGAUCCUGAAACAACCUAAGCCUGCGAAGUUGAGCAAAGAGAAUUCCUUGCUUCCCUCCCUUCCUGACCCUUGAAUGCAAUGACUUCAGUCUUGUUCAGAUCCAAAGCGUUGGCCGGCUCUUGCAGCGAGAGGACUAUCACCAUCAGUCAUGGGUGGAAGAUGAUUUUCCUCCGGCUCCUCCUUCUCCUCGUCUUCCUCCCUCUCGUCACUCCAACCUGCCCUGAGCCCUGCCUGUGUGCCUCCACUCUCAUUGACUGCACCGCAAAAGAUCUUAUGCACAACAACCUCCCCACCUCCUUCCCUCCCUCAACCACCAAGCUCUACCUCAACCACAACAAUCUCACCUCCAUCCCCAAUGGGCUCUUUGACAACCUGAAAGACCUCCAGGUGGUUCACCUGUGGGCAAACCCCUGGGAAUGUGACUGUCACAUCCUCUACCUGCGCUCCUGGCUCCAGUGGCAGCAGAACCGGAGCUUUUACAGGAACGUCAUAUGCUUAUCCCCCUCCCAUCUUCAAGGCAGGAUCAUCAGCUAUUUGUCGGAGGAUGAGAUCAUUUCCACCUGUCAGUACUGGUAUUGUGGUGUGGCGCUCAUCUCUCAGAUGUGCCUUUUCAUCUUCCUCCUCGUGCAAGCGGUCCUGCUUCUCCUGGUCAUCGUCUACCUGCGUAGAAUUCGAAGGAUAGCCAAGGAAGCCAGGCGAACGGUCACCGAAUUCGACGAACGGGAAGAUACGUGGUCGAUUCAUUCUCGAAAGGGUGCAGACUGAUCAAUGGGUUGGAUGUGUGGGAGAAGAGGGGAGUUCAGCAGAAGUCCACUUGUGGAUGAGAUGGCUUUGUUUCAGUAGUAUUGAAAACAAAAAUACGCAAUAUUCAGGUGGUUUUUUUUUUUAA